CUUGCCGUCGCCGGAGACUCAUCAUCUCUGAUCGUCUCCCUCAAUCCUUCUUCUUCUCCGCCAUUCGCCGGCCGGUACCUCUGGUUCAACCGCCGUCCUCAGUUUCCAUCCGCCACACUCUCCACACCUAUUUUACUCCUCCGACCAAUCAUCAAUGUUUAGGUUAACAUUAAAAUAAGAGCAAUGUUCAGAGUUGCGAUGCAUGAUUUGACGUUUCUACCCCUGCUAAUACAUAACCGAGUUCGAGCCAUGCGGCGAUCCGAAGGUAAAUAGCGAACAAGAACAUGAAUGACUUCUUCGAUCCGGACCCGACACCAGCACCACCGCCAGCGCCACCUCUUGCGGCGGCGGGGAAGUCCGAUCCUCGCAUUGUCCAUGCCCAAGCAAUCAAAUCCCCGGCCACUCAUCGCUCUGUUUACAACAAUCUCAUUACUCUCUACUCCAAAUCAAGCUUCCUCCACUACUCUGUUCGUCUCUUCCACCAAAUCCCAUUUCCCAACGUCGUCUCAUGGACUGCUCUCAUCUCCGCACAUUCCAACACUUCUCUUUCCCUUCGUCAUUUUAUUUAUAUGCUCCGAUAUCCAGCAUUCCCCAACCAACGCACAUUAGCUUCCCUUUUCAAGACCUGCGCUUCUCUCCCCAGUGUCCCUUUUGGGUUUGCCCUCCAUUCCCUCGCUUACAAACUCUCGCUCUGCAGUGAACCCUUCUCUGGCUCUGCGCUUGUCAACUUCUACUCCAAAUGCCAAUUAUUUGGCGACGCUCGCAAGGUGUUCGAUGAAAUUUCUGACAGAGACGAGGUUUGCUAUUCCGCUCUCGUCGUUGGUCUGGCGCAGAACGCGCAGUCUAUUGAUGCGUUGUCGAUGUUCAGGGAGAUGAAAGUCUGUGAUGUUGCGUCGACAAUGUACAGUGUCUCCGGUGCUCUUCGUGCUGCGGCUGAUCUUGCUGCGCUGGAACAAUGCAGGGUUUUACAUGGGCACGCCGUGGUUACUGGGUUGGAUACCGAUGUGAUUGUCCAAACUGCUCUGAUUGAUGGGUAUGGGAAAUCGGGGCUGAUUCUGGAUGCACGAGAGGUGUUUGAUGAAAGUUUGGCAUCUAUGAAUGUCGUGGGGUGGAAUGCGAUGUUGGCAAGUUAUGCGCAGCAGGGAGAUAAGAACUCUGCGCUUGAGCUCUUCAAUUCAAUGGCAGCUCGCGGGCUGUCUCCAGAUGAGUACAGCUUCUUAGCCAUUUUGACAUCAUAUUGCAAUUCACGUUCAGUUGGCGACAUCCAACUGUGGUUGAGAAGGAUGAGAGUAGGGUAUGGAGUGGAACCUACUCUUGAGCAUUUUACUUGUCUGAUAGAUGCAAUGGGAAGAGUUGGGAAGUUAAAAGAAGCAGAGAGGGUAGCUAUGACAAUGCCUUUCAUGCCGGACGCUGCAGUUUGGCGUGCAUUGCUAUCGAGCUCUGCAAGCCAUGGUGCAGGCAAUAUGGCAUGGGCCAUGGCAAAACGGUUGCUGGAGCUUAACCCGCAUGACGACUCCGCUUACGUGAUAGUUGCUAAUGCUCUAUCUGCUACAGCAAGAUGGGAGGAAGUGGCAGUAGUGAGGAAGCUGAUGAAAGAGAGGCAGGUGAAGAAGAAAAGUGGGAGGAGUUGGAUUGAAGUGAGAGGGAAAGUUCAUGUGUUCUUAGCAGGGGACAGAAACCAUGAAAGGGCUGAGGAAGUAUAUGCAAAGCUAAGAGAGUUGAUUAGGGAGAUAGAGAAACUUGGGUAUGUCCCAAUUUGGGAUGAGAUGCUUCAUGAAGUAGGGGAAAAGGAAAAGAAGGAAGCACUUUGGUACCACAGUGAGAAGUUGGCGUUGGCGUUCGGGGUGGUGGCCGGAGUGGCACCACCUGGAAAAGCUCUGCGAAUUGUAAAGAAUCUAAGAAUAUGCAAAGAUUGUCACCAAGUUUUUAAAUAUGCAAGCAGGGUGCUGGAGAGAGAGAUCAUCGUUAGAGAUGUAAAUAGAUACCAUAGAUUUUUACACGGUAGCUGCACCUGUGAAGACAUCUGGUAAAGUUGUAGCCAAACAAAUCGCCAAAUAUGUUGUGAAAAUUAUUAUGAUCUCAGAUCAAUGUUGAAAA